ACACGUUCUGGCUCCUCUCCCCUACAUUGUUGAGUGGAUAACAAAGAAGUCUGGUAAAAGUAGAGAAAAGCCAAACAUGUUGGCUACCUCGCAGUGGGUAGGGCCACCUUCCACAUCUCUAGGAGGGAUGCCUAGCGAAACCAAAGGGACCUCACUGGUCUGUCGCAUAUUCGGAGAAUGCACCUUUCGCCAUUUCAAAUGUAUAGAUCCUUCAAUUCAACCUAUUCCGUGGCCGUUGCAAUUUGGGUGUUAUCGGUAGUUUUUAAAUAUUAAAGAUCUGUUCGAUGCCUAGUAAAUGAUAUACCUCAUCUGGAAAAUUUCCAUUCAAUUGAACACCUCUAAAAAGUCUGCUGUAAUAUUACAGUACAAGAUUCGUCUACCCUAUAUCGAAUUCUGUUGAACGAUCGAUCCUUUAGGAAGCCCUUAGAUAUGAUGAAAUAUAACCCAGAAACAUAUGAGAAAUCCCAAUAAACGAUUGGGCUAAUGGAAGAGGAGAAAGGGGGAGGAGCUAGCAGAACGCAGUGCAGGCUAUGGUGGCCAAAACAUAUAUUGGUGGCAGAUGGUCCCGCCCAGGUCAUGCUCUUGUUGGGGUGGGCAAUCCCUGGAUUCCGCAACUCCAUUGAUAUUGUGGUGGCAACAUCCGUGUCAUUGGAAGAAGCCGAUUCACAUCUCACCAAUAACCAUCUGCAGGCCAUCAUUGCUUCCACACAAACCCAAAUGCCUAUGAACUUGCAGGAGUGUGCAAAUGUAUCUAUAGUUGGUCAUUGUAUUUUUGAUCCAGUCUGCAAGAAUUUACAAAACAACUCAAAGAGAACUGAUAAUAAAAUAGUAAUACCUAAUAAGAGUAAAGAGGGGUUAAAGACAAACACAAAUUCCUCCAUCACUUACAUUGGAUGUGAUCAGAAUGGUCUGUGGAAUAAUGGAAACCUGUUGCUGAAGCAGUAUUACCAGUGCAGAAUUCGAACUAGCAUAUGGAUUGAAUUGUUCUGUCAGACUGUGAGCUUGCCAAUUAAGGAACUUAGAUGGAUUCCAGAAUUGUGUAACUUACACAGGGAGGGAUCACUUUGUUCCUCUGAUAUACACGUAUUAAUGUAUGAGCCACCGAGAUAUGGUAGUCAUCAUUUUUCUUAUAUGUCUUGGAGUUCCUUGUGUGAAGCAUCAAACAAUUGUAAUGGUGCAAAACCUUCCAUGAGGCCUAAUUGGAUGGUUGAGCUUGAACAGCAGCUGGAGCCUUCUAACCUUGAUGUGGUUGUACUGGCAAUGAAUAGUGCUACUGCCAUGCAGAAUAUGGCGCAGGAGUUGUUAAAUUCUCCACGUGCAUCUUGUAAGCAGCUUUAUUUGAUUUCCAUAAUGAUGGUCAUCCUGCGCAAAAUGACAGCUGCAAGUAUGGCAUUAAUUGCUGUAUUUUUCUAUGCUAGUUUGCAGCUGAUUUCCAAGAUUUUAAGUAAAAGAGCAUUCUCCAUUCUGAAUACAAACUUGCUUAAAUUAUUCAGACAUAUAUCAAAAAAUUUACACAUCCGUAGCCGGCAGUUGAUGCAUUGGCCUGUCUUUCUCUUAGAAAGUGGUUGCAGGUUUCAACCGAAUGUAGCUGUUGCUCAUAGAACUGCAUUGUUGAAGCAUUCUUUUUGGUCAGCUAUUGCCAUUGACAUUUUCAUAGGAAACGUUGCAGGGAUGUUAUUGCUUGUUCAUUGUGAAGCUAUAGCUGAUUGGGUCCUAUGUUUUGCCUGUGGCAUUACAGAUAACAUUUUACGUUCUGGUUGUGUUUGGUUGAUGGGUGUUCCAGCAGGGUUUAAGCUAAACACUGAACUCUCCCAAACUCUGGGUAUGGUUUCACUGAAUAUUAUUCAAGUGUGGUCUGCAUUGUGGUUCUUUGUUAGGCCACUUUUGAAGCCCUGUAUUAAAGUGUUUGCUGUCUGUGGAAUCUUUCUUGGCUUCACAAUACAAGCUGCUUUAUUUAUAGAUGUUAUUUUGCUUGCAACAUUCCACAUAUCCAUGCUACAUUGGUUAUUGGCACUUGUAUAUUCGCAUCAAAUUCAAGCAUUGUCUGCUCUAUCUCGACUUUUCAGGGGUCGGAAAAGGAAUCCUCUUCGUGCUAGAAUUGACAGUUUUGUUUAUAGUGUGGAGCAGCAUGUUGUUGGAUCCCUUGUUUUUACGCCUCUUCUGCUUUUGGUUCCAACAACUUCAGUAUUCUAUGUUUUCUUCACCAUCCUCAACACAGUGGUCAGUUUAGCAUGUAUUGGUCUCCAGUUUUUGAUAUCAGGCCUCCAUGCUUUUCCUUAUGCUGAAAUAGCCAUCUGGCUGGUGCAUCCAAAGAGAUUUCCAUCUGGAGUAUGGUUUAAACAAAUAUGGACAGGAAGCAGCCAAUUAUCAGAUGCUAUGUCAAGAUACCCUGCAGUAGAGGCAGUUGGUCAAGAAAGAAAACUAAGGGAUACUGAUGAAAUUGUUAAGAAAUCAGCUUUUCAAUUGUCUAAUGCAGAAAUGCCAAAUGGACAGUUUUCCUUUGGUUUCCUCCCCGGUGAUUCAGAGAUCGUUGUCUCUUCUUUAGGCAUCAAUUCUGCAAGUUUAGGUGAAAUCAUUUCUCCACACCUCCAUAAAACAUUCAAGGGGCUUUCACUAUCAUCUGGAGCUUCAUGUGUUUAUAGAGUCUUCAGUGGGGGAAGAAUUCCAUCCUCUCUGGAAAUCGGAAUGCCUGCGCUUAUGCCCUGGGUGUCAAUCAGCUUCAAGGAGUUUUGGUGGAUAACAUAUGAAGCAGUGCUUGCUUGUCUAUAAAUUUGUUGGGUUAAAUUGUGGUUUGAUUUGUCAACUCAGUAGGAUCAUCAUAGGUGAUGUGGUGUGGUCGCUCUCAACAUUUUCUGGCUACAUUUUGUUUUGCUCAUUUUCAUUUUCCCUCAUCUUUGAAGACGGGAAUGCCUUCCCUCAGGAGUUGGAUAAUUUUCAGCUUCAAGAAGUUUUGAUGCCUAAUAUGUGGAAUGGUGCUUGCUAAUCUCCAGAUUUUUGGAAUGGCAAUGGAUUAAGUUGUCGAUUGUAUCUUAGAAGAGCAUUUAAUGCAUCACAGUACCAGAUGCCAUAGAACUUCAACAGUUAUACCUGCCAAAUUUGGGCUUGAUGCCUUGCUCUGUAUCGAAUUCUACUGCUUGGACAUGGCAAAAGGCUUAUUAUUUGCCCUCGGAGAUUACAGCUGUACACUUAAACUAAUUUUUGUUAGGUAAUACUAAUUGAUGCUGGUUUGCCCCAUCACAGGCAGUGUAAAGUGUUGAAUCUUUUGGCUGGAUAUUUGAUAGGUAUAAAAGUUCAAGUGGGUCUUCACUACAAUCAUGCAAAGAUCAUUAACUAUUUCCAUUAGUCAGACCAAGCUUUAUGUGAACUAGAAGUUAAUUCAUCUCACAUUUUAACUAUU